CUGAGUAGUGUCAUACUUAUCCCACAAUCGAAGCUAAUAGCAAAGCAUUAUACCCAGUUCUGGAGCCAUAACAAGCAGCUGUUGCUAUAUAAUGAAAAUUAUACUAAAUAUGGAGGUUGGAAACAAGAGGCUACGAGUUCUGCUGUGUCUGGGGAUCCUGUACAGCCUUGGAUUGGGUGUCUCUGCUACAGGAGGGGUGACUGCCCCGAACCCUGUGAUUGAAGCCAAAGAAGGAGAAGCUAGAGAUCUUCAAUGCACCUACAGCAAUAGUUUAACUGAUGCGCGUGUGGAGUGGAAAUUUGUGAAUAAUGACCAGGAAAUCAGCUUUGUCUUUUAUGAUGGGACUCUUACAGCUGCCUACAAAAAUCGUGCUACUGCAUUCCAUCAAGGAAUCCGAUUAAAUGAUAUAACUAGAAAGGACAAUGGAGAGUAUAUAUGUGAAGUGACCGCCAAAGAUUCCACUGGAUCACUUACAUAUGGAUUUGACAAAAUCCAACUGAUUGUAUUAGUCCCCCCGUCUGUACCAGUUGCACAGGUGCCCACCUCAGUAACAAACAAUAAAGUGGCACAGCUAAGCUGUUUAGAGAUGGAUAGCUCCCCUCCAGCAACAUUUACUUGGUACAAGAACAAAAUCCCUCUUCCUGAAAAUCCCAAGAGCAGCCCGGCCUUCCAGAACUCAAGCUACACUGUGGAUCCCAAGACAGGCGUACUGACAUUUGAAACAGUGCAGAAAAUUGAUGCUGGAGACUAUUACUGUGAAGCUACAAACUCUCAGGGAAAGCAAACCUCUGCAGCUGUGACUAUGAGUGUCGUGGCGGACUAACACCAACCAGGGCCCCCGGGCAAAAGUGUGGCAGGGCCGCCCACAUCCUCUUUGCUCCACCUACCUACCUCCUCUGCCCCUUCUAUCUCAUGUGCCCCUCCAACCUCCCUUGCCCCUCCCAUCUCAUAUGCCCCUCCCCCACCAUGUUUUUAUGACUUCUACUUCAAAGGCUUGUGCGCAAUGGGCCUAGUGGCGGAUCCAGAGUCAAAUAUCAGGAAGGGCAAUAUGGCAGACCAUUUUAUAUAUAUCUAACAUCCACCAGCUCCGUGAUGUCAUCAUGGAGGAGUGGAAGAGGACUCCAGUGGUAACCUGUGAAGCUCUGGUGAACUCCUUACCCAAGAGGGUUAAGGCAGUGCUGGAAAAUAAUGGUGGCCACACAAGGACAUUUCCAC